AUGGUCGACUUUUAUUUAUUAAGCUUGAGUAAACCAGCAGUACCAAAUAUAUGGAAAAUAAUAGAAGAAGAAAGGAAUUAUAGCGAAAUAAAUCAUGUAGAUUUGGGAAAUAGAAUAUUCGAGAAUAUAGGAGAAAGCUUUGAAAACACAGAAUACGGAACAGCAAGACUUUUCGCAGGAUUUUUUAAAUUUAUGGUUGAUAUAGAUUUUGAUAAAUACAGUAUUAGUAAUACAGAAGAAAAUUGGCUGAAAUAUAAAAAUACAGAAAAAUAUCCGGUUGUAAUAGAAAAUCCAUUUAACACUCAACAGAAUUCUGCAAGAAGUGUUAAAAAGGAAAAUUGGGAAAAUAUUAAAGAAAAAUUUACAAUAGCGAAUAAUAAAAUAAUAUAG